AUGUAUUAUCUUUAUUUGAAAAAACAGUCGCAAUGCCUAAGAGCUUGCUAUGAUGAAAGAGAAUGCAAAGUCGUGGAAUACAAUGAGACUAAUGGCUUCUGUAAGCUAUACAAGCAAGGAACUAUUGGCACAGUAAAAGGACACGAACUCAGACGUGAUGAAACUGAUUCGUCAUGUAUGACAGAAAUAUCCACAAGCGACAUAGCCUUCCAAAAGAUAAAACCACUUCAAAAAAUUCCUAAAAUUCCUCAAUGCCAGAACCUUACAAAAUCAAAUGAUGUGACUGUUAUCGGAACUUCCAAAACAAGUGACGGAUACCGCGUCUUUUUCACUACUAGUCCUUCCGAGUGGACUGCCACGAAACCCUGGCUUGUCCUCUCCAAAAAAGCAGAAAAGGGAUGUGCGUCCGUGCCUGUGUUCCACAAAGCAAACCAUCGUCGCUUGUAUUUUGGAGAAAUCUACAACACCACUGGUUACUACUUCUUCGAUGGGUACGCCUUUGCGGGGCAGUGCAUCUCCUCAAAGCAUGAAUGCUUGGGUAUGUCGGAGAUACGAGAAUAUAAGGAGAAUCCGGACAACUUCUUCUACGAUGAAGCUGGAAGAAAGGAUUUGAAAGACUCCGGUCUGGGUCAGACCUUCUUCAUCGCAGGAUUUGCAUCUUAUAGAUAG